UUGUCCAAACCUACUCAUGUUUAUAUUGGAGCCUGUGAGUGACAUCAGAGCAGGGAGAGUAUAAACACCAGCAGGACCUUCUCUGGGCUUUAAAACCUGCGAACAGCCACUGCCUCCAAACUGCCUGGGGGGUGAUGUGCUGAAGAGGCACAGGGGAGAGCACCAUGAGGCUCCAGCUGGAGAAGCAGCUCCUCUUCCUCUCCCUCCUCUGCAUUCUCUCCAAGGUUUGUGCCCAGCUGUGCCGGAGACCCUGCUACUGCCCCUGGGUGCCACCGCGCUGCCCCCGCGGCUCCCCCCUGGUCCUGGAUGGCUGUGGCUGCUGCAAGAUCUGUGCCCGGCGCCUGGGAGAGCCCUGCGACUUCCUGCACAUCUGUGACCAGAGCCAGGGCCUCGUCUGUGACUACAGCUCAGCACCUGCAGGGACAGGAGGCACCUGCAACUUUGAGGACGAUGAGGAGGGCUGCGAGGUGAACGGCCGGCUCUAUCGAGACGGGGAGGUUUUCCAGCCCAGCUGCAAAAUCCAGUGCCGCUGCUCGGACGGGGGCUUCAACUGCAUCCCGCUGUGCCAGGAGGAUGUCCGGCUGCCCACCCCGGACUGCCCCUACCCCCGGCGGGUGGAGAUCCCAGGGAAGUGCUGCCCGGAGUGGAUCUGUGAAGCCCAGGACCAGCAGCUCCUCCGGGAUGCCAGGGCAGGUAAGAUGCAGGGCAGCUCCAGGGAGGCGAUGCCCACGCGAGUCUCUGGGGAUGGCCCCUUCAGGCCGGGCAGUGAAACAUCAGCAGGAGACACCUCACACGUUUCUGUGGCACAGCACCUGCCUCCAAACACCCUUUCCCCCCUCAUCUCCUUUCUUGCAGCCGCCGGGGCCCCGCUGCUGCGCUACCCGUGCCAGGAGUGGAGCACGGAGUGGAGCCCCUGCUCGGCCACCUGCGGGCUGGGCUUGGCCACCCGCGUGUCCAACCAGAACCACCACUGUCGCCUGGAGACCCAGAGGCGGCUCUGCUCGCUCAGAGCCUGCCCGGCCCCGCCGGCAGCGUUCCCAGCGAGGGGAAGAGGAGGUCGUUUGUAGCUGCGCCCACCCCGGAUUCACGCUGGAGCCAACGCCUCAUCCCGGCAAAGAGUCUG